UUUGUUCGCUCUGUAGCAAAGCGCUGCCUAAGCGGUAAACUGACGUAUCGUGCGAAUGUGUGUGGGUGUGUGCUUGCUAGAUCCUCACAAGUGUUUGACAGUUCGUCGGAAAGCGUUUUGAAUCAUUUUGUUUAUGUUUCCUUCGCCGACUGACCGUAUAAUCUCACUGUUUUGUAUGUCUUCCACUGACCACAUUUUACCAGAGCGUAAUAAUGUCUAAGCACUAUCUUUCAACCAACGUGAUCAUCGAGACGCUGACGCACAAUCUCGAUACGUACGAUGCGGGUCCGAAGCAAAUCGAUACAUUUACCCUAGCACAGCUAGAGACACUGAUGGAUAAGGUUAAACAGUUCCUGCAGGAAUGUACGCUCGUGCCUUUUGACGAGGAUAAAAAGCGAUGGGACAAACUGAUGACCUAUUACUAUCAGCAACCGAACGUUGUACGCUGUCGCAUCUGUAGCAAGUGCCUGAACGAGUACGAAGCGGCAAUGGAGCACAUAAAGAUGCACGAACGACAAAAAGAGCAAGAAGAAAGCGUCGCUAAACCGGUUAGACUGAAUUUUAUGGAGAAACAUUGCAUCCCAAGGUUGAACGAAAAGCUGUCCAAACACACGAAGAAAUUUUUAAGCAAGGACUGUACCACGGUCGUCGAGCGGUAUCUGGUGGAAUCCAACUACGUGCAGAUCGAUAUCGACAAUGAUCGGGUGCAGCGAGAUUUGGAAACAUGCCUGAAGAAAUUUUACCCCUCGGUUAAGCUGUAUCCGUUUGGUUCGCGCAUUGCCGGCACCGGGUCGCUCUCGAGCGAUCUAGACGUGUUUGUCGAUUUGCAGAAUGGAUAUUUCGGUAGAAAUUAUAACAUCAAACCGGAAGAGCUAGCGGAAGCGAUUGAAAGGAUAGUAAUUAUACUUCGCAGCACAAAGGAAUGGACCGUUGAUGCUAUCAUUUUGAACGCUCGUGUGCCAUUGUUGCGAGUUAUUAGUUGCGACUGUGACCUGCACUGCGAUUUAACGUUCAGCAAUGGAUUGGCGCAUCGUAAUUCGUUGCUGCUGCAGUAUAUGUUUAACUUGCAGCCAACCAGUCGUAUGCUGGUAUGUUACCUAAAGAAUUGGAACCGAGAAGGUUGCCUGAAUGCGUACACCCUGUCGUUGAUGGUAAUUUUCCUGUACCAGUGCCAUAAGCUGUUGCCGUCCGUAGCCAAACUGCAAGAAACCCCGAGCAACGAUCUCAUCAUCGAUGGUUGGAAUGCUGGUUUUGCUACGCCAACAUUGCGCGAGUUGAAUAUGAAGCUGUGGGAAUCCUCCAUUCCCGAGCUGGCGUACAAAUUCUUUGAAUUCUACAGCUUUGAGGGCAAAUAUUUCUCCGUCGAAAGGCACGUGAUUUGUCCGUAUCUUGGCGAAAGACGCAUCGCAAAGAGUUCGUUUGUGUCACCGAAUGGCGAGGAAAUACCGCCCCAAAUGGAACGACUGAAGCGCUACAUGCUGGACCAUCAGGGUGACACGAACCCUCGGAAUCUGUUUGCCUACAACAAACCGUUCGUUGUACAGGACCCGUUCGAACAUUGCCACAACGUGGCCAAAGCAGUGCCGGUCGAGACAGCCGCGCGGGUGAUGCGUGCGAUUGAUUUGAGCAUGGCAUCGCUACGAGACAGGAAUGAACCCAACAAACGUGGUGGAGAGAAUUGACGCCUUAAUCCGUGUGUUUUAUACUGAUUACUAACAACAAAAAUUAAUUUUCUUUGCUUUAAAUAAAACCUAUCAUUUAAUGACCAGUUACAA